GUCAGGGACGCUGGGCUAGAAACGUCCAAUCAGGCACGCAGCCGGAGCGAACAGGGCGGCUUCUGGUUUGGCGGGUCCUUUGUCUCUCGGUGCAGCCGGAGCUCCUGGUGUCCUGUUUACUGCUCUGUGUCCGGUACUCCUAGAGGCCCAGCCUCUGUGGCCCUGUGACCUGCAGGUAUUGUGAGAUCCACAGCUAAGACACCAGGACCCCUGGAAGCCUAGAAAUGGGACCAUUGCAAUUUAGAGAUGUGGCCAUAGAAUUUUCUCUGGAGGAGUGGCAUUGCCUGGACACUGCACAGCGAAAUCUAUAUAAGAAUGUGAUGUUAGAGAACUACAGUAACCUGGUCUUCCUUGGUAUUGUUGUCUCUAAGCCAGACUUGAUCACCCGUCUGGAGCAAGGAAAAAAACCUUUGACUAUGAAGAGACAUGAGAUGGUAGCCAAGCCCCCAGUUAUGUGUUCUCAUUUUGGCCAAGACCUUUGGCCAGAGCAGAACAUGAAAGAUUCUUUCCAAAAAAUGAUACCGAGAAGAUAUGAAAAACGUGGACAUGGAAAUGUACAGUUAAUAAAAUGGCGUGAAAGUAUGGAUGAGUGUAAGGUGCACACAGGAGGUUAUAAUGGACUUAACCAAUGUUGUACAACUACCCAGAGCAAAAUGUUUCAAUGUGAUAAAUAUGGGAAAGUCUUUCAUAAAUUUUCAAAUUCAAACAGACAUAAGAUAAGACAUACUGAAAAAAAACCUUUCAAAUGCAUAGACUGUGGCAAAGCUUUUAACCUGUUCUCAACCCUUACUAGACAUAAGAGAAUUCAUACUGGAGAGAAACCCUACAUUUGUGAAGAAUGUGGCAAAGCCUUUAAGUACUCCUCUACCCUUACUACACAUAAGAGAAUUCAUACUGGAGAGAAACCAUACAAGUGUGAUAAAUGUGACAAAGCCUUUAUUGCAUCCUCAACCCUUAGUAAACAUGAGAUCAUUCAUACAGGAAAGAAACCCUACAAAUGUGAAGAAUGUGGCAAAGCCUUCAACCGAUCCUCAAUCCUUACUACACAUAAGAGAAUUCAUACUGGAGAGAAACCAUACAAGUGUGAUAAAUGUGGCAAAGCCUUUAUUACAUCCUCAACCCUUAGUAAACAUGAGAUCAUUCAUACGGGAAAGAAACCCUACAAAUGUGAAGAAUGUGGCAAAGCCUUCUUCCAGUCCUCAAUCCUUACUAGACAUAAGAUAAUUCAUAGUGGAGAGAAACCCUACAAAUGUGAAGAAUGUGGCAAAGCCUUUAAGUACUCCUCUGUCCUUGCUACACAUAAGAAAAGUCAUACUGAAGAGAAACGCUACAAAUGUGAAGAAUGUGGCAAAACCUUCAAGCAGUCCUCAUACCUUAGUACACAUAAGAUUAUUCAUACUGGAGAGAAACCCUACAAAUGUGAAGAAUGUGGCAAAGCUUUUAACCAGUCCUCAACACUUACUAAACAUAAGAAAAUUCACACUGGCGAGAAGCCCUAUGUUUGUGAAGAAUGUGGCAAAGCCUUUAAGUACUCCUGUACCCUUACUACACAUAAGAGAAUUCAUACUGGAGAGAAACCAUACAAGUGUAAUAAAUGUGGCAAAGCCUUUAUUGCAUCCUCAACCCUUAGUAAACAUGAGAUAAUUCAUAUGGGAAAGAAACACUACAAAUGUGAAGAAUGUGGCAAAGCCUUUGUUUGGUCCUCAGUCCUAACUAGACAUAAGAUAAUUCAUACUGGAGAGAAGCCCUACAAAUGUGAAGAAUGUGGCAAAGCCUUUAAGUACUCCUCUGUCCUUAGUUCACAUAAGAGAAGUCAUACUGGAGAGAAACCCUACAAAUGUGAAGAAUGUGGCAAAGCCUUCAAGUACUCCUCAGCACUUAGUACACAUAAGAUAAUUCAUACUGGAGAGAAACCCUACAAAUGUGAAGAAUGCGGCAGAGUCUUCAAGCGCUCCUCAGUCCUUAGUAAACAUAAGAAAAUUCAUACUGCAGAGAAAACCUACAAAUGUGAAGAAUGUGGCAAAGCUUUUAACCAGUCUUCAACCCUUACUACACAUAAGAAAAUUCAUACUGGAAAGAAACCUUACACAUGUGAAGAAUGUGGCAAAGCUUUUCACCUAUCUGCACACCUUACUACACAUAAGAUACUUCAUACUGGAGAGAAACCGUAUAGAUGUAGAGAAUGUGGUGAAGCUUUUAACCGUUCUGCAAGCCUUUUUUCACAUAAGAAAAUUCAUUCUGGUGAGAACAAACCAUACAAGUGUGAUAAAUGAGGCAAAAUCUUUAUUUCACCCUCAAGCUUUAGUAGACAUGAGAUAAUUCAUACUGGGGAAAAACCCUAGAAAUAUGAAGAAUGUGGCAAAGCCUUCAAGCGGUCCUCACACCUUACUAUACACUGAGAGUUCUGAACUUACUCUGUAAUCAUGCCAAACUCCUCCCAGCCACAGUCUGGCAGAGGUCCUGCCAUUCCAGAGACCUGGAGGAAGGGGCCCAUUUACAGCCAUGUAGGCAGGCCUGCAGACCUUGGCCUUUACUAUGGUUCCUGAAGUGGUUCAGUGACUCAGUUUCAGUUACGUGAGCCACAACUUAAGGUCAGUUCUGCCUAUAUAGAAACCCACACAGUUAUCUGAGGAAAUGCUCUCUGGUAUUCACUGAAAGCCAUACUCAUCCACAUCUUGAUACAAGGCCCACCAUUUGCAGA